CCCCGCCUCUCGCGCCGCUGUACCACAUGCUCUCUCCUCCAGCAGGAAGUUCUGUUGACGGGACGGUGCGGGCUGCGGGACGAUGCGUCUCUUUUGCGGGAUGUGGUGAGUGGACCGAGCAUCCUGCAGUCUGUCGCACUCAGUGAACAGGUCUUCACAGAGAGAUGGCGUUCACCCUCCUCCUGCUCUCCCUUUUCGCCUCACUUUCUCUCACCGGGGCUGUGUUGUUCGGUGAGCCCAGAAUAUUUGGAGAGGAUGCGACCGGCUAUGGACCAAUCUUCGAGGAGGAGCCGGUGGAUGUGGUCUACAUGGAGGACUCUCCUGACAGGAGGAUCUCCAUGAACUGCCGAGCGCGAGCGAACCCACCUGCCUCGUACAGGUGGCGCCGCGACAAUUGGGAGAUCAAGCUGAUGGAGCAGCCAGAUGAACACUACAGCCUGGUGGGAGGCAAUCUGGUCAUCACCAACCCCAAACCCAAAAAGCACUCUGGGACAUAUGUGUGCGUCGCCAAGAACAUCUACGGAACCGUCAUCAGCAAAGAGGCUCGCGUCAAGUUCGGAUUUCUGGAGGAGUUUCCUCAGGAAGAGCGAGAUCCGGUCACUGUAAAAGAAGGUCAGGGUGCAGUCCUGCUGUGUGUUCCUCCUAAAGCUCUGCCAGAGGAAGUCACCUACCGAUGGAUCUACAACGAGUUCCCCAUGUUCUUGCACACGGACCACCGACGCUUCGUCUCCCAGAAGACGGGGAACUUGUACAUCUCCAAGGUGGAAGCUCAGGACGCAGGAAACUACUCGUGCUUCGUGUCCAGUCCCAUCAUAGGGAAGAGUGUCUUCUCAAAGUUCAUCCCACUCAUCCCUUUGCCGCCGGACGACGGUGAGGAGCGGAAGUACCCAGCAGACAUCCGGGUGAAGUUCCCGGACACCACUGCCAUGCUGGCGUCCAACAUAACUCUGGAAUGCUUUGCCUUGGGAAAUCCCAUCCCGCACAUCGUCUGGAGAAAGGUAGACGCCACCGACCUUCCUGCAAAUCAUGAGAUCAGCGAAUCAGGCGCAGUGCUGCAUCUCUACAACGUCCAGUACGAGGAUGUGGGAGGUUAUGAGUGCGAGGCCAUCAACACUAAAGGGAAGGACUGGCACAAGGCUUGGCUCUAUGUAGAGUCUGCUCCAGAAUGGGCCGAGACCAUCAACAACACUCAAGUGGACAUUGGCUCAGAGCACACCAUGCGCUGUGUGGCGGCGGGAAAACCCUUCCCCUUCAUUCGCUGGUACAAAGACGGGUACAUGUACGGUAAAGGAGAGCUGAAGUUUUCCAGUCUGACGUUUGACGACUCAGGCAUGUACCAGUGUAUCGCAGAGAACUACUGGGGCAUCAAAUACGCCAACGCAGAGCUGCGAGUGAUCGCAUGUGCUCCAACGUUUGAGUUUAACCCAGUGAAGAAGCAGCUGCUGGGGGCCGAAAAUGCUCGAGUGGUCAUCGAGUGUAAACCAAGGGCUGCUCCUAAACCCCGGAUCACCUGGACCAAGGGCAAAGAGCUGCUCUUCAACAGCUCCCGUAUUUCCAUUUUGUAUGAUGGGAGUUUGGAGAUCCUGAACGCCACCAGGAACGAUGUGGGGACCUACACAUGCUUUGCUGAGAACGACAGAGGGAAGUCCAACAGUUCUGGCUAUCUCACCAUCACAGAUGCUACCAGCAUCACCGUGGCACCUGAAGACAGCGAGGUCCAAGUGGGUGAUGAGGUGAUUCUAAAGUGCUCAGCGUCCUAUGAUCCAAAGCUGGACAUCACCUUUAUCUGGGCUGUGGACUACAGGACCAUCAACUUUGACACAGAGUGGCAGCACUAUGAACGUGUGAUGACUGAAGAAGGCAGUGGACACCUGAGAAUUAAAAAUUCCCAGAUCUGGCAUGAAGGCCGCUACACCUGCACCGCUCAGACAGCAGUGGACAAUGACAUGGCCUACGCAGACCUGAAGGUCAUUGGUGUUCCUGGACCUCCUGGGGUUAUCAGAGUGGAGGAAAUUGGGGAUACAUGGGUGAGGCUGCAGUGGACCAAGGGGGCAGAGCACAACAGCCCAAUACUCUUCUACACCAUCCAGACCAGACACUACUGGGCGCUGUACGAGGACGACUGGAGAAACGCCAGCAGCUCACCACAAUUCUUGGACGGCAGUUUGGAACGGGCAGAUGUUACAGACCUGUACCCCUGGAUGGAGUACCAGUUCAGGAUCAUUGCGACCAAUGAGUACGGCUCUGGAGAGGCCAGCAUACCCUCACUCAAGAUCAAAACCUGGGAUGCAGCUCCUGUGGUUUCACCGACGAAUGUCGCCGGCUACGGAGGAAGGAACGGCGAGAUCAUCAUCACGUGGACGCCUGUAGAGCCAUGGUUCUUCUAUGGUAAGAACUUUGGAUACAUUGUGGCCUUCAAGCCUCAUGAUGCGUUAGACUGGUGGUACAAGACCAUCUCCGAUCCCGAGACAAGACGUUACGUUCACCAAGAUACCUACUUCACUAUCACUGAGGAGGACUUCCAGGUGCGAGAGUUUCAGGUGAAAAUCAAGGCAUUUAACAUCAAGGGUGACGGUCCGUACAGCCUCACCAAGGUCGUCUACUACCCACGCGAUGUCCCGAUAGAGCCUCCGACCGAUGUCUAUGCCAGGCCGGUGUCGUCCACCGAGGCUCUGGUGUGGUGGCUGCCUGUGGUGGACACUGGAACAGGUCUGCAGCAGUACAUUGAGGGAUAUCAGGUGAAAUAUUGGAGAAAGUAUGACGACCCUGAACCAGGUGCGAAUCGCAUAUUUGUUCCUGCUACUGUCAAUCAAACAAGGUUGGAGAACAUGCUGCCGGACUCCCACUAUCUCAUUGAGGUGCGAGCUUACAAUGGGGCCGGACUGGGGCCUCCCGGGGAACACUGCGAGAUGUUCACCAAGAGACCACCUCCUUCCGAGGCUCCCAGGAUGUGGCGUUACAUCUCUUGGACAGGAAAGUGGCUGUACGUGUGGUGGGAUCAUAUCCAGUACGACUGGUUUGGGAACGUCUCCUUCCCUUUGUACUACAAGGUCAUGUUCAGGAGAUCUGGCUACAUCUACAGUAAGGUCUACGUCACUGGCUGGCACUUCAUGGACUUCCCCAUGCCGCAGUGGGGAGACUACGAGCUUAUGGUUCGUGGCCGCUACGAGGGAGGCGACGGCCCAGUUCGCAAGAUCAGAAUCCUGGGUAAAGCCUCAAUGACCUCGCCGACAUUCAGCCUCGUGUCUCUCACUCUGCUGGUGCUGAGCGUCAUGAGAUUGAUCUAGACCUCAACAGUCAGCGCGGCGUCGGGGUCCCUCACUUGUCAGUCGUUGGCUUCACUCAACCAUCUUUCACAUUACAGCACUUUAUCACAUAAACAAACGGCUUCACUGCGUUUUAGUACUUGGUCAUUUUCUCAUCUUAGAGCAGUCGAGUCGGAGGAGACUCUGGAUCCCAACAAUGUAACCAAGUUAGAGGAACGUUAAAUAAACAAGAUCAACUCUGUUGUCAAGUGAAAAGGUACACGUGUGUGUGUGUGUGUGUGUGUGUAAGCACUCAGACAUCAAUAUGUGCACACCAGACUGAGAAUGGAAGAGGACAAUGAAAUAGAGAACAAUAAAGAACAAAUAAAAGAAACUGAAAUUUAAAAAAAGCCACAUGAGAAAGGAACAGGGGGAAGAAUAAGUGAUAAAAUCAAGAAAAUAAGACAAGUGAAAUGAGAAAGGGUGGCUGAGCAAUAAUGAGAAGAGAGUGACAUCGAGAUGAAGCAAAAGGAUGGAGUGAGAGAGCAAGAAGAAAAGGCAGAGGUGAGACAGUAGAAAUGGAGUGAGGGUGGGAGAAAACCAAGAAGAAAGAAUGAGAGAGUGCGAGGACAAGGGGCUGUCAGUUACUUGGAGAAAAGGCCAGAAAAGGAAGAAAAAAAUAAAGAUAAAGACCGGUAUUAAGAAAGAACAGUGAGAGAGAAAAGAAAUGACCAAGAUGGAAUGACGGAUUGGACUAAAAGUGAGAGAGGGAAACAGGGAAACGUGGAAAGUUGGACACUUGAAAAUACAAACAAAUUGGAACAGAGAGAGUCGACACAGCAAGCGGAGGUGAUACAUGGAUUCAGCCAGCAGGAGGCAGUACAUCCCCGUAUCGUAAUCCGUGCUUAUGAUUCCU